CGUCCAACCAACCAAAGGUCCAAUUUUAAUUAAAGGCUCGAGGAAGCCGAGGAGUCGGGAUCCAUCUACAUCUAUCAUCCACAAACGGUUGAACGCUCGGCCAAGUCGCCGAUUCUCUUCGCGGUUUCAUCCUCCGUCAGACGCCAACACGCAGCACAUCAGCAGCACCGCAGCACGCCUCUUCAGUCGUCAACUACUCACAUCACUCCCGUCGCUCAGUCGCCUGCUCUCAGCCACUCAACCUUCAGCGGCUCAGUCAAUCGUUGCUUCCCUCAAUUUUCACAUCCAACCAUUCAUAGUCCCGCUCAGUAGUAAGCAAUGGGUGCCGGAGGCAGGAUGGCAGUCUCCCAGGAGGGUAAGAAUCUCAAGUCUGAUGAUUCCGUUACGCGUGUUCCGUAUGCCAAACCACCUUUCACGGUCGGUGAGAUCAAGAAAGCCAUCCCACCCCAUUGUUUCAAACGCUCUGUUCUCCGCUCGUUCUCCUAUGUUGUGUAUGACCUCACGGUUGCCUUUCUCCUCUACUAUGUCGCAACACACUAUUUCCAUCUUCUCCCACAGCCUCUCUCAAACCUGGCCUGGCCGCUCUAUUGGAUCUGCCAAGGCUGUGUACUGACCGGAGUCUGGGUCAUCGCUCACGAAUGCGGCCACCAUGCGUUUAGUGACUACCAAUGGCUGGACGACACCGUUGGCCUUACCCUACAUUCCGCUCUUCUCGUUCCUUACUUCUCUUGGAAGUACAGUCACAGGCGUCACCAUUCCAACACCGGAUCCCUUGAACGCGACGAAGUUUUUGUGCCUAAACAGAAAUCUCAAAUAAAAUGGUACGCCAAAUAUCUGAACAACCCUCUGGGCAGAGCUUUCACGCUUAUUGCUCAGCUCACCCUUGGUUGGCCCCUAUACCUCAUGUUCAAUGUUUCAGGUAGACCCUAUCCACGUUUCGCGUGCCACUAUGACCCUUACAGCCCUAUAUAUUCAUCUCGGGAGCGGGCCCAGAUUUUCCUCUCGGAUCUCGGUGUCUUUGCUGUUACCUUUGGACUGUACCGCCUUGUGGCAGCUAAAGGGCUGUCUUGGGUUCUCUGUGUGUAUGGGUGCCCACUCAUGAUUGUGAAUGGGUUCCUUGUUUUGAUCACUUUCUUGCAGCAUACUCACCCGUCAUUGCCCCAUUAUGAUUCAUCCGAGUGGGAUUGGUUGCGAGGCGCCCUCUCCACCGUUGACAGGGAUUACAGCAUUCUCAACAAGGUGUUUCAUAACAUCACAGAUACUCAUGUGGCACACCAUCUAUUUUCCACCAUGCCGCACUACCAUGCCAUGGAGGCCACAAAAGCUAUCAAACCGAUAUUGGGUGAGUACUACCAGUUUGACAGCACACCAGUCUUCAAGGCAAUGUUCAGAGAAGUGAAAGAGUGCGUUUAUGUUGAGCCAGACGAUGAAGGUGACAAGAAGAAGGGAGUUUUCUGGUACAACAAUAAGCUUUAAUCAGUGUGUAUCCAAGCGAAGUAUCUCAUGUAAUGCUGCAGGUUGAUCAUGUACUUGAACUUAAUUGUGUUUGAAUAAAAACUUUGAAAGUGCUCCGUUCGAUAAUGAACAAUAGAACUUUAAUCUUACAAUGAACACAAUCUCUUCAGAACCUGGGCCUGUGGCCCCAUUCUGGUUUUGAACUGACUGUUUCUCAUUCUCUAAACGAGAUCACCUGUUAUUGAGAUUGGAACAUGCGGGUUUGGUUCAGGUUCAAAACUAGAAUCAGUCUGAUCUGGUUCCAUUUGGAAGAAUUAAAUCUGUUCUAGACUUCUAG